AUGUCCCAGUUAUCAGGGUUGAUCAUAGUAGAGGUCAUGUCCCAGUUAUCAGGGUUGAUCAUAGUAGAGGUCAUGUCCCAGUUAUCAGGGUUGGUCAUAGUAGAGGUCAUAUCCCAGUUAUCAGGGUUGAUCAUAGUAGAAGUCAUGUCCCAGUUAUCAGGGUUGGUCAUAGUAGAGGUCAUGUCCCAGUUAUCAGGGUUGAUCAUAGUAGAGGUCAUGUCCCAGUUAUCAGGGUUGGUCAUAGUAGAGGUCAUGUCCCAGUUAUCAGGGUUGAUCAUAGUAGAGGUCAUGUCCCAGUUAUUAGGGUUGAUCACAGUAGAGGUCAUGUCCCAGUUAUCAGGGUUGAUCAUAGUAGAGGUAAUGUCCCAGUUAUCAGAGUUGAUCAUAGUCGAGAUCAUGUUUCAUGUCCCAGUUUUCAGGGUUGAUCAUAGUAGAGGUCAUGUCCCAGUUAUCAGGGUUGAUCAUAGUAGAGGUCAUGUCCCAAUUAUCAGGGUUGGUCAUAGUAGAGGUCAUAUCCCAGUUAUCAGAGUUGGUCAUAGUAGAGGUCAUGUCCCAGUUAUUAGGGUUGAUCACAGUAGAGGUCAUGUCCCAGUUAUCAGGGUUGAUCAUAGUAGAGGUAAUGUCCCAGUUAUCAGAGUUGAUCAUAGUCGAGAUCAUGUUUCAU